AUGGCGCGGCAACGCGCACCCCCAGAUCGACGAGGACAACAACACGCCCGUGCAAAAAGCGGCCGGCUCUCGCACCGUUCGGUGUCAGAAGCCUGGCAUCGCAAAGUUUACAAAAUAAAGCACUUUGCUGCCGAUUGGCUUCGCGGGGCAGUGCGGGGUGCUGGGCCUUCGUUCCACGUUGGGGCGGCCGUCAGUGCCACGGGGUGCGGCACAUUAUUGGAGAAUGUUCCGGACGCCGCGCCCCCCACCAUAAACAAAAAACGCCCUAUUCUUUUCGGAGGGCCACAGAUGAAAACAUUAGCAAUCCGCGAACGGAUUUGCAACUGCGGUGGUGUCGCGGGCCGCGGUUUUGCCGCCCUAAAACGGCCUAGGGGCACCACAAUAAGGGGUGGGCGGCCGGGCCCCGCAGCGGCCCAAAAAGAGACGCCGCUGCCCCAAGUGCGCCCCCCCCGUUUCUUUAUUUUCCUUCGGUGGGGCGGGCCGGAAGAAAGACGACCCAGCCCAGGCGGAGCGGCGGGGCCGUUAUGA